AUGGUAGGAAAAGAAGGCCGGCAGGGACAAUGUCCCUUGCAUGCGGAUGGUGUCCUGAAGGUGGCAAACGCAUGGCGGCUCUGCAAAACCACCAUGGAGGUGCCGUGGGUUUUGGCUUUCCUGCCACCUGUUGCCCUGCUUCCGCACGCGCGAGUGCCGUGCGUCGUGGUGCAGUGCAACGUGCUGCUGAACAGCCAUCGCUGUAAUCAUCUGCACAAUGACGCCUAUUGUUGUGCUGAACUUCCGACCAAAUUCAGUGCAAAUCCUGCGGGAGGUGCUGUGCUGAAAGACCAACGCCAAGAUGUUGGACCAGAGUUGCCAAGUCCGCAUUUGUACCAAAUGCGCCCAGAAGCUUCAACAUUGCUGUCGUUCCUUGCCGCACACGUUCAAGUCAUUCCAAAAUGUGUGUAUGUUUGA